AUGACUAAUAUUUUUAGUAUAAGUACUUCACUUCCAUAUUAUCUCAUUCCCUGUGUCCCGCAGUCCCCUGCCCUUGAUCUACCUCCACGAACUGGUGAUGUUGGCUGCAAUCUGCUGCCGGUUCCCGGAACCCUAGUUUUGGCUCAUCGCUCUCAAGGUCGCUGGCACCCGCCUUCUUCAUCUCCUCCAAUCACUACCUCCCAAUCAGCCACGUCACCUCCUAUGGGGCCCUCCUCAAGCACAUCUUUAGACAAGGGUAAACAAAAGAUCUUUGCUGAUGUGGUUCCAUCUUCAUCCUCUCCACCACAUCAGCCUCUUAUUGACGUGGCGGACAUGCAGUUAGCCUUAUCACUCUACUUGGCCGAUUUAGUUGAGUCCACUACUAUGUUGCCAGAUCAGGCCCAUUUGAUGCAGGUUGAUCCGGUUUGUGAACCAGCCCUCCUUCAAGUCUUGUUGGCCCAACAGGAAGCUGUUUUGGACCCUACUCUACUCGGGCCCAAUCCGGACAUGUCAAUGUUUGAUAAUCCACCAGAUCCAUCUUCUCAAUCAGUCCCUUUUCAAGCACCAACUCCAUCCCCGACCCUUCCUCCCUUCCCUUCAUAUCAAGCUCCGACUCCUUCGGUCUCUAAUUCUGCUUCUCCAUCAUCAGUUCUCCCGUCAAUUCCGGCUUUUCCUUUCUCUGGUGUUGUGGAUCUCGUGCCGGGUUUUGAUGCGCCUCUCUUCCUCCUUUGGAAGCAGAAGGUGAUGGCCGUUGUGGAAGAUCCACCUUCUCCUCUGGUGUCUGUUCCCCCUCCCACUCGACUCCAUCGAUCCCGUGCUUCCCCUGGUGCCGGUCGUGGUCGUGGUCGUCGUGGCCGACCCCGAGGUCGUGGUCUUCAUCCUCAGGUCACACAUCCUUCUUCUCCUUUGGUUUUGGAAGUUGGGCAGUCUAGCAAUGUGGAAGUCACUCAGGAUGAAUAUGUGGUUCAUCUUCCCCCACCCUUUGAGGACCCACCUGUUUCACUUCCUGCUUCUGAUACUCCAUCCUUAGAUGUCCCUCCAUCCUUUGAUGAUCUUGCUCCGGCAGGUGGUAUUGGUAGCUGGCCAGGUGCAGCUACGAGUGCGGAAUGA